CCGUCGUCGCCCUCCAUGAAAUUCUCCGCAGACGUCUCUUCCUCGCGGCGCAAAGCCCGCAAGGCUCACUUCGAUGCUCCCUCAUCUGUCCGCCGAAAGAUCAUGUCUUCUGCGCUCUCCAAGGAGCUCCGCGGCAAGCACAACGCUCGCUCCCUACCCGUUCGCAAGGAUGACGAAGUUCGCAUUGUUCGUGGCAAGUACAAGGGGCGGGAGGGAAAGGUGACGCAGGUGUACCGCAAAAAGUGGGUUAUCCACGUUGACCGUGUGCAACGGGACAAGUCCAACGGCGCCUCUGCCCCCAUCGGCAUUCACCCCAGCAAUGUGGUCAUCACGACCAUCAAGAUGGAUAAGGACAGGCGCGCAAUCUUGGAUCGCAAGGAUAGGAAGAAGAACACAUCAACGGAUAUUGAGAUGGUCGAUUAAUUCAUUCCUUAGCUGUUGUCUCUUUCAUAUCUUUACAUCGACGUACAAAAAUCAUCCAUGUAUCUAUGCACUUGCGAAGAUAUGCCACAUGACAACCACUUUCUGUUAGUGGGGACUCCAGAAGACUCGUUGAAGUGAUGGGAUCGUGGAAGACCCACACGAUUGUCAGAAGUUUAAAUAUUCGUCUUCCAACAAGUGUAUUUUGCUCGGGGAAGAACUAGUUUGAAUCAUUCAGCGUUUAGAGGG